AUGGAGUCUGCAUACAUGUCUAGCAAUGGAGAGGGUGGCGUUAAUGGCGGCGAGAAACAAGUAGUGGCGGUGGCUAACAAGAGAGCAAUGAGGUUACCUGAUUUGGUUUUGCGGGUUUUGGCUUUGGCACUUACGCUAGCGGCGGCUGUGCUUCUCGGCGUUAAUAAGCAGUCGACGGUGGUACCAAUAGCUUUGGUGCCAACGCUGCCACCGAUGAAUGUUGAGGUCACGGCGAAGUGGGAUUACUUGUCUGCCUUUGUGUACUUUGUGGUGGCAAAUGCAAUAGCUUGUGCCUAUGCAGCCAUCUCACUACUACUCACAAUGGCAAAUAGGGCAGGAAGGAGAGGUUUGGGAAUGAUAAUAACAAUCUUUGACCUAGUAAUGGUGGCGCUCCUCUUUUCCGGUGUCGGUGCCGCCUUCGCCGUUGGCCUGAUCGGGUUUCAAGGGAAUUCACACGUGCAGUGGAAGAAAGUGUGCAAUGUGUUCGAUAAAUUCUGCGAUCAAGCGGCUGCUGCAGUUGGCAUCUCCUUUAUUGGUUCAAUCUUAUUCUUCUUGAUGGUUUUGCUUGCUACUUUGAGCCUCCACAAGAAACAUUAG